CCUCCAGAAGCAUGUCUGAGGACGUGGUUUAUUCAGAGGUCGUGUUUGUGAAGAAGAAACAGGCGGACAAAGAUGAUGAAGAUGAUCCAGAUCAGUGUGAUUUGCAGAAGAGGCGCUCAUGUUGUGAUGGUGUUCGGCUGGUACUGACGGCUCUGUGUGUGAUCUUCACCACUGGACUGAUCGCGCUCAGCUUCUUGUGCUAUAUGCAGGCUACGUCAAACCAUAACUUUCAGAAAAAGCUUCAAGAUCUUCAGGAGGUCCACAAUGCACUGCAGGAGAACUUCACAGCAUUUUCAGCAGUGCUCGAACACAUAUAUAACAGGGAACAAAAUCUGUCCCGGGCUCUGAAUAACAGUGCUCAAUGUCCAGAGGACUGGCAAUAUCAUGCAGGAAAAUGUUACUACUUCUCUUCAAACACAAACACACUGGAUUGGUUCAAAAGUCGAGAUGCCUGUAUUUCAGACGGCGGACAUCUGGUGAUCAUAAACAACAGAGAUGAACAGGAGUUCCUGAUGAGCAAAACAAACAAAUAUAAAGGCUCGUUCUGGAUUGGGCUGACAGACAAAUCUACUGAGGGUCAAUGGCUGUGGGUGGACAACACGAAGCUGAGUACAGAUAUACGUUACUGGAAUGGACAGGAACCAGAUAACUGGAAAGGAUAUCGCAAUGAGUACACUGAAGGAGAAGACUGUGCUCGCAUUGAACAAAACAACUGGAACAUUAACAGCUGGUUUGAUGCAUUCUGCACUAUUGCAUUCAGAAGAAUAUGUGAAACCAGAUCCUCCAGAUAAGCAUAGUGGGCAAGGAAAGAGAUGUGUCAAAUAUAAAUGUAUGCUCAUGUCAAGGGAACUCCACCACCGCUGCUUUAGAACCUCAUGAUGCUUUAGUUUUGACUUUCUUUCGCCAAUGUUUUGUGCUGCUUGCAAGUUGUGAAGCAAUAAAGUCACUCAUUUGAAUCUCUA